AUGGAAACAGUAGUUGAGAACCCAGAUAAUGUCAAGCUGAGUUUAGCACAGCUGAAUAUAGAGUCUACAAUCGAAUUAGAAGAUAUUUUUGAGAAACACGAUAGAAGCUGUCUUAUACUACUCAAUCAAAGAAUAUCUAUUGAGAGAGAAGUAUUAUUCAAAUUAUGGGAGGCGAAUACCAUCCACGUCUGUGCUGAUGGAGGAGCUAAUAGGCUCUAUGAAUUCUUCAAUAACGAUGGGCUUAGAGCAAAGUAUAUCCCGACGUAUAUUGUCGGGGAUAUGGAUUCUCUGAACCCUGAGGUUAAAAAUUAUUAUGAAGCUCGUGGUACUAUAGUCGUUGUUCAGGAAACACAAUAUGCAAAUGACUUUAUGAAGUCUACAACCAUCACAUCUCUGCAUUUUAAUUUGCCUGCGUUACCUAAAAUACUGCAAUCCAAGAACUAUGAUCUAGUUAAUGGUAUUGAUAAAAUCUUUAACGAGGCGCGUAGGUUAUCUUGGGAUGAUGAACCUAUCCAUAUGGUUGUGUUGAAUGCAAUUGAAGGACGCUUUGACCAGACAAUCCAGUCCAUUGCGCAACUGUACCGAUUGGCAAGGGACCACAAGUAUUUUAAAGUUUCUUACAUCACGCCUAAUGAUAUGAUACUCCUACUACCUGCUAAUGGCGUAUGGCUAUCAUUUACAUCAAAUUUUAGAGACGAAAUUCUAGGCAAUUGUGGAAUCCUUCCUUUGGCUGGUUCUUGCACCCUCCGUUCCACUAAGGGACUGAAAUGGGAUGUAACAAAUUGGAAUACAAGCAUUUUAGGUGGUAAAAUCAGUAGCAGUAACCGCUUUGUCGGAGAGGAUGGAUGCUAUAUUAAUUCUGAUACGGACAUUAUAAUGAGCGUUGAAUUAAAGAGCGAUGGCCUAAGAAAGUGGUUUGGUUCCUCAAAGAUAUCACUAGGCAUAUAA